AUGAAAGCUGCUGAGGAAAAUGUGAAAAUGGUUGAGAGCUUGGAACAUCGUGAGUUUUUAAAUUUAAAAUUUUACCGUCUUUGUAAACCCGGAGCGUUGUUGCAAAAUGUUCAUUGAACUUUUCAAAUUUUAUUAGUUUUCUGAUAAAAUUCCAUUGCUUUUUGAACUUUUAUCUUUGCCUAUUGAAUAUAUUAUAGUUAGGCAAAUUGUUUUUGCACAAACCAUAAUUUUAAAAAUUGCGUUAUUUUUCGCAACGUCUUAUCUUCUUUGAUUUUACCACAAUAAUCCGCUCAAUUCCGGUUUCAAUUUUUUUUUUGGAAAAGUGAGAAAAAUGUUGUGAACAAGUUUGGAAAAAUAGGAAGAAAUGUCCAAAUCAAAGUCUACCAACCAACUCUAAAAAUUCCAGCCUUCAUCCACAUCCGAUCCCGCCGUCUCCAUGUAGUCAUCAUGCUUAUGUUCGCAUUUUUCUGCCUUUGCCAAAUGACAGCACCAAUGGGAAUGUCUCUAUCCUGCAUGCUAAACUCAACAGCAAUCGCGGCUCAAACUUUGGAAACCAAUCAGCAUAAUAACAUCAGUUUCAUGUCUGAAGCUGCUCAAGAUCUAUUGAAUAACUCUACCGGAACUUGCGUGGCUCUCAAGGACGGCUUGGUUAUGGAUUAUGGCGGAGAGUUUGUAUGGUCGGUAGAUUGGCAGGGUUAUGUGGUAGUUUCGAUGUUUAUAGGUUUGUUCUAGAUGAUUAUUUUUCAAAUUCAAAAUGGUGUUUAGGAGGCUUCAUAUUCUCUUAUCCAGCUGGAUUUGCUGUCGAUCGUUAUAGUGCCAGACAUCUUCUAUCAUUUUCUAUAGCUGUUUGCACAUCGGCAACUUUGCUCCUCCCAAUCUUGGUGUAUUUUUUCGAUGUGUACGGUGCAAUUAUUGCCAGAUUUUUCAUGGGGAUUGGAGAAGCUUUCUUGGUGCCAUCGCUUAAUUCUAUAGUCACCCGAUGGAUUCCUCUUCAUGAAAAAUCGCUAGCCGCCUCCUUGUUCACUGCAGGAAAUCAGGUGUCAGGAAUCAUUGGAAACCCGUUGAUCGCAAACAUCUGUGCAAGUUCUUUGGGCUGGCAGGCGAUUUUCUAUAUUUCUGGGUUGUUUGGAAUUGUCUGGCUGAUUUUGUGGCAUACAACAGUUCGGAAUUCGCCGCAGAAUACAAAAUGGAUAAAAGAUGUCGAACUUGAUUAUUUAUCCUAUCAUGUUCCAAUGAGUAGGAAAAGAACGAUUGCUACCCAAAAAGAAUCAAUAACUCCCUGGGCAGAUAUGUUCAAAUCCUCCGCUUUCUGGGCAAUCAUUUAUAGCAGUAUUAUGGGAAACAUGAUGAUUGCUAUAAUAUUUGUCUAUAUUCCAGUCUACUUUAAAGAUGUUCUUGGACUUCAGGUGAAAAAUAAUGGAUUCUACAGUGCAAUGCCAAGUUUGUCUAAUUUGAUUACCAAAAUUUUCUGGGGAUAUCUUAUGGAUAAAUUGAAGCAGAAGAAGAUUUUGACAGCGAAUGCUUCAGUGAAAUUAUCACAAGGUUUAUCGAUGUUUGGAAUUGCUGCAUCUUUUUAUUUUUUGCGAUUUAUGGAUUGUUCAACACCUAUUACUUCAUUGAUCUUAUUCAGUGGUAAGUCUCGGAGAUUUUUCCGAAAAAAAACAGAAAUUUCCAGCUGUCUCUGGAUUCUUCGGCCUCUCCAUAUCAGGCUUCUACACAUCCCUUCUAUCAAUCGCCCCUUCCCACAUCGGAACUCUGACAAGCCUCGGAACCGUCAUCGGCUUCCUCGGACGAGUCGGAACCCCUCUUCUCAUCUCAUUUUUCAAAACCACCGGAACCGCUGAGGAAUGGUCCAAUGUCUUGCUGGUCUAUGUAUUCGCCAGCGCGAGUUGUGGAUUAAUUUUUGUGCUGUGGGGCUCGGGCGAUGUUCAACCGUGGGAUCAUUCGAGAAAAUUCUCGUCGCAGGGUCAAUGA